GCAUAAUGGCAAAUCACUAAUCAAAGCAUAAAAUUUAUGGCAAAAAUAAAAUGAAAAUAUUAUCUUUCAAAUAAAAUUAUAUAAAGUUAAAUAAACUCAGCCACAUCUAUUACUCUUGUCGAAAUUGAUAUCUAUAACAAAUAAUUACAAAAUGCCACGAGGAAAAUAUACCAAUCACAAAGGGCGUAACAGGCAUUUCACAAAUCCAGAAGAGUUAGAGGAACAGAGAAAGCAAGAAGAACAAAAAAGGCAAUGGCGUAGGGAUCAUGGAAACGAAUCAAGUUCUGAGGAAGAGGAAGUAGCCAAAAAAGCUGCAGGUGAUAAGAAGAAAGCCCCAGGACUGGAAAGCUCUGAUUCAGAGAGUGAAUCGGAGACUGAAUCUUCAGAAGAUGAGAAGGAUAAGAAGAAAGGUGUAUCUGGAUUGAUAGAAGUGGAAAAUCCUAAUCGUGUUCAAAAAAAAACCAAGAAACUUUCUACUUUAAAUGAAACAUUAACUGAUAGCAAACCACAAUUGUCAAGACGAGAAAGAGAAGAAGUUGAGAAGCAGAGAGCGCAAGCACAUUACCAAAAGCUUCAUGCAGAAGGCAAAACUGAUCAAGCAAGAUCUGAUUUAGCAAGACUUGCAAUCAUUAAACAACAGCGUGAAGAAGCAGCUAAAAGACGCGAGUUGGAGAAGAAAGAGAAAGAAGAAGCUGCUGCAAAGAAAAAGUUAGCCCGAUAAUUGUUUUUGCAAUAACAUUUCAGGAUAUAUUUUUUUUAAGCCAGAAUGAACAGUUUUGAAUAGUCAAAAUAUUUUUUUAAAAUUAAAGUUUAAUUUCAUGGACUGUACAAGAAAUACAUAUACAAAUGUU